CACCUCACUGCAUACUUGGUGCUUCUCUUGCUACAGCUGAUCAGAGCCAGCACUCUGGCAGGGUUGAGAUUGCAGAAUACCUGUGCUCAAACAGCUACAGUGUCUAAAAGUGUUUUUAAUUUUGAGCUCACUGAACAGCAGAGAGAGUUUAAAGCUACUGCUGGAAAAUUUGCUCGAGAGGAGGUACUCCCUGCUGUGUCCCCUUAUGACAGAACUGGAGAGUAUCCUGUACCUCUUAUCAAGACAGCCUGGGAGUUGGGUCUGAUGAAUUCUCACAUUCCAGAAAAAUGCAGUGGCAUUGGACUGGGCAUAUUUGAUGCAUGCCUCAUAGCAGAGGAGAUAGCAUACGGGUGUACUGGUGUUCAAACUGCUAUUGAAAACAGUUCUUUGGGACAAAUGUCAGUCAUCAUUGCAGGCAGUGAACAGCAGCAAAAGAAGUACCUGGAAAGAAUGACGGAGGAACCUCUCAUGUGUGCGUACUGUGUGACAGAGCCAGGAGCUGGCUCAGAUGUUGCGGGGAUUAAGACCAGGGCAGAGAGAAAGGGUGACGAGUAUAUCAUUAAUGGGCAGAAGAUGUGGAUCACAAAUGGUGGCAAAGCUAACUGGUAUUUCCUGCUGGCUCGUUCGGAUUCGGAUCCCAAAACCUCAGCGAACAAAGCUUUCACUGGCUUCAUUGUGGAUGCUGAUACCCCUGGAAUCCAAGUUGGAAGAAAGGAAAUGAAUAUGGGCCAACGCUGCUUUUACACAAGAGGUAUUACAUUUGAAGAUGUAAGAGUACCAAAGGAAAACGUACUUCUAGGAGAAGGAGCUGGGUUUAAAAUUGCCAUGGGAGCCUUUGAUAAAACCAGACCUCCGGUCACAGCUGGUGCAACAGGACUGGCACAGAGAGCUUUGGAUGAAGCAACAAAAUAUGCUUUGGAAAGGAAGACUUUUGGAAAAUUCAUUGCAGAACACCAGGCAGUCUGUACCUGA